GUGCAAAUAAACACACACACACAUCCACACACGCGCGCGCACGCGCACGCACGCACACAUCCCUCUGCAUCCUGUAUAUGUUUUUUAACGCACCGGGCACCGGGCGCUUUAUAAGCGGUCGUGGAUUAUUAUGAUGCCAGUUUUUAUAACAGCGGACUAUUAUUGGCCUCUUUCCUUCGGCUCCAACUGUGAAUAGCACUAAAUAUAUCGCGUUGUGUUUUUUUUAUUUUAUUUAUUAUUAUUAUUUUUAUUUUUUUUAUUUUUCAGAUUUAUUUCAGUUAGACUUCUGAGCACCGACAGAUCGCCCAUCGAGACGCAAAGCCGACGUUCAAUGCCGUUGGAACAUGUCCUAUGUUCCCUUUCAAGAUGCAAGGUGUGCCGUCCCCCCCUCCUACCAUCAUCACCAUCAUCGCACCCACGUCCACCCCUUCCACGCUCCCUCGUACGACCGUCCCACUCCCGAACGUCCCACCUACGACCGUCCCUCCUUCGACCGUCCCGCCUACGAACGUCCCUCCUUCAACCGUCCUUCCUUCAACCGUCCCUCCUUCGACCGUCCCUCCUUCGACCGUCCCUCCUUCGACCGUCCCUCCUUCAAUCUUCCUUCGCACGAGCGCCCCAUCUACGACCGCCCCACACACGUCCGUCCACCCCAAGACAACUGGAACCCCCAUCUCCGUGUGAACACCGGAAAUCAGAUCUACAUGUUGGACCAGGAAGAGGUACACCCUUUGCUGAUGCGCGAGAGGCGCUCAGAGUCUCACAGGAACAAGCUACUGCGGCGGACAGUCAGCGUUCCUGUUGAGGGACGGCACCAUCCCGAGAUGGAUCAUCGCGCCCGACGGAAGAGUAUAGCCACUGGGAAGCAGCCCAGCAUGGAGGUCCCUCCCACUGCCCCAAUUCAACCCUUCCGACAAUCCAGUUUCCUCAGUAGAAGGUUGAAGGGCUCCAUCAAGAGGGCUAAGAGUCAGCCCAAACUGGACCGAACCAGCAGUUUCCGCCACAUGAUCCUCCCCCGCUUCCGCAGUGCCGACCAAGACAGGACCCGUUUGAUGCAAAGCUUCAAAGAGUCCCACUCCCAUGAGUCCUUGCUGUCUCCCAGCAGCGCUGCCGAAGCGCUGGACCUCACUCUGGACGAGGACGCCAUCAUCAAACCUGUCCACUCGAGCAUCCUGGGACAAGAGUACUGCUUUGAGGUGACUACGGCAUCGGGAACCAAGUGCUUUGCGUGUCGCUCAGCUGCAGAGAGAGACAAAUGGAUCGAGAACCUGCAGAGAGCUGUCAAGCCCAACAAGGACAACAGCCGGAGGGUGGACAAUGUUCUCAAACUUUGGAUCAUCGAGGCCCGCGAGCUUCCAGCCAAGAAACGCUACUACUGCGAACUUUGUCUGGACGACAUGCUGUACGCACGCACCACCAGCAAGCCCCGCACCGACACCGUUUUCUGGGGCGAGCACUUUGAAUUCAACAACCUGCCAGCCGUCCGCAACCUACGCCUUCAUCUAUACAAGGAGACUGACAAGAAGAGACGCAAGGAAAAGAGCACAUACUUAGGGCUUGUAAGCAUCCCCAUCUCAAGCAUCACUGGACGUCAGUUUGUGGAGCAGUGGUACCCGGUCAUCCAGCCCAGCGUCCUCACCAAGGGGGCUGGUGCCGGAGGGGGGAAGAUCAUCAACGCAUCCCUACGCCUCAAAUCCCGCUUCCAGACCAUGAACAUCCUGCCCAUGGAGCUGUACAAGGAGUUUGCAGAGUACGUCACCAAUAACUACCGCACCCUGUGUGCUGUGCUGGAGCCCGUGCUGAGUGUCAAGAGUAAAGAGGAGGUGGCCUGUGCAUUGGUGCAUAUACUGCAGAGCACGGGGAAAGCUAAGGACUUCCUGUCAGACAUGGCGAUGUGCGAGGUAGACAGAUUCAUCGACCGAGAACACCUUAUCUUCAGAGAGAACACUCUGGCCACCAAAGCCAUAGAAGAGUACCUCAAACUGAUCGGACAUAAGUACCUCAAGGAUGCUAUAGGGGAGUUCAUAAGGGCCUUGUAUGAGUCAGAGGAAAAUUGCGAAGUGGACCCCAUGAGAACACCACCCUCCGUGCUCCCAGACCACCAAGCAAAUCUCCGAAUGUGCUGUGAACUAGCACUCUGCAAGAUCGUUAACUCCCAUUGUGUUUUCCCUCGAGAGCUAAAGGAAGUUUUUGCCUCCUGGAGAGUGCGCUGUGCUGAGAGAGGUCGGGAAGACAUCGCCGACCGUCUCAUCAGUGGUUCCCUCUUCCUACGCUUCCUGUGUCCUGCCAUCAUGUCCCCGUCGCUCUUCAACCUCACCCAGGAGUAUCCCGACGAGCAGACGUCACGCACGCUCACCCUCAUCGCGAAAGUAGUGCAAAACCUGGCUAACUUCUCCAAGUUUGGCAAUAAAGAGGAGUACAUGUGUUUCAUGAAUGAGUUUUUAGAGAUGGAGUGGGGCUCCAUGCAACAGUUCCUGUACGAGAUCUCCAAUGUGGACAGCGUCAGCAAUGCAGGUGGUUUUGAGGGAUACAUUGACCUGGGCAGGGAGCUGUCCAUACUCCAUAGUCUCCUCUGGGAGGUCAUAGCUCAGCUCAGCAAGCAAAACUCAGCAAAACUGGUUUUCUUUGAACCACAGGAUGCCAUCAUCAAACUGGGUCCUUUGCCUCGCCUCCUGAACGACAUCAGUAUGGCCUUGCGUAACCCACACCUCCAGAGGCAGCCCAGCCAUCAGACAGACAGGGUGCAGGAGAGGCAGGCAGACAGGCUGCUGUCACGGCCGAGCUUCAACAGGGGCAUCUCAUCUGAGUUCCAAAAUCUCAUGAUGAGGGAUCUUAAUAGCUCUAUAGAUAUCACUCGCUUGCCUUCCCCUACCACCGGAGGGGUCAUGCCAACCCGCGCCCAGAUGAGUUUUCAGGACCGCGACCACCCCCAUCGAGCGUCCUCCAAAGACAUGUUCUACGUAUCACGCCCUCCCUUGGCCCGAUCCAGCCCGGCCUACUGCACGAGCAGCUCGGACAUCACGGAACCAGACCCUAAGGAUUCCCGAAUGAACAGCGUGUCUAACCUGCAGUCGGUGGACAUGCUCAACUCCUCCCAGGCCUCCAUCGCCGGCAUGGGCAGCUUCGGAGGGCUGAGCAGCGGAGGCGGUGGCGGCCUGGGGUCGGGCCUGAGCAGCCAGCUGCGGGCCGGUGGGAGGUUGUCAGCUGGCUCUGGCGGCUCCAGCAUGUCCGGCGGCCUUCGGCUGAGCCAGCUGAGCCAGAUGGGCACCACCACCGACUCGCUAUCCCAGCAGCAGCAACAGCAGGCCGCCGCCAUGCGCUACCCGCUUUCCUUCCAGAAUCCCCUCUUUCAUCUGGCGACCGCUGAUGGGCCUCAACAGCAACAGCUCCAUCACCAGCACAGCCGGGCUCAACCUCCAGCACCCCUGCUCCUGGCCCCAGAGCCCGAUCCCUCUCACCAGACCUACAUGCCACAGUUCGCCCAUGGGGGGUUCUCUCGCAGCGAGGACCUGUCCACCCUCAGGACCAGGGACGGUCACCUGGGCCAACCCAGCAUCAUCCACUCACACAGCUACAGUGACGACUACAGCAGGGCUGAAUAUGGACGCAGGCAGAUGUCCACGCAUGUGCAGGAUAACCUCCAACAGCAACAACAAAUGAUGGGCAUGACCUCCCAGACAGGAACCUCCCACUCCUCCCUGGCCGCCACGCCCCCCACCACAGUCCAACCUAUGCGCCAGAGUUCUGUUGCCCCGCCUCCCUCCCAGCGUGUCAAGUCCCAGACCUCCCAUCAGCUGUCCGUCAGUGCGGCCGCUGCACCUGCUGCUCUGGCUAAGACGCGACCGCCGAGCGGGAAUCUCCUCCAGUCGCCGGAGUCCGGCUACGGCGGCAGGCAGCACGGGCCCCGGCAGCUGUCCGUCAAAGACAACACUGCCCCGGGCCUGCCCCACCAGCAGAGCUCAGUCAGGGAAAGCCAGAGUCCACAGGGAACCACCAGUCAGAGCACUCAACAGUCACCACAGCAACAGUCUCAGCAGCAGCAGCAGCACCUGCUCAAACCCACCAUGAGCAAACAGGGCUCCCAGGCUCCAUCUUCCCUCAAUCCCCCGACCCCAGCCAAUGAGCGAACAGUGGCCUGGGUCUCCAACAUGCCUCAUCUGUCGGCUGACAUUGAAAGUUCGCGGAUUGACCGGGAAGAGUUCAAACUGAAGGAGUACUCAAAGAGCAUGGAUGAGUCACGCAUGGACAGGGUAAAGGAGUACGAGGAGGAGAUCAACUCCCUGAAGGACCGCCUGUCGAUGUCCCACAAGAAGCUGGAGGAGUACGAGCGGAGGCUCCUCACGCAGGAGCAGCAGACCAAUAAGAUCCUCCUACAGUACCAGAAUCGACUCGACGACAGUGAGAGGAAGCUACGCAUACAGCAAGUGGAGAAAGACUCCCAAAUUAAAGGAAUAAUUAGCAGGAAAGAAGACAUGGAAUGAAGACAGAGACAGUCCUGCUCGUCUUUUAUGAGGAAACAUCUUAAACCUUGUAUAUAAAAACACCCUUAAACCAACCCUCCCAUAUCCUUGUGCUACGGCACUCAUCAUCAGCCAUUUUUAUGAGCUUUUAACUGGAUCAACGGGAUCAUUUCAGAUGAUUCCAUUUAGCUUAAUUUUCAAUUGACUCUCCCACAAGAUUGCACCGCAAAAGCACAAGAGGAUUGAAAAUUAAAAAAAAAACUUCAGAAACAUGUCUGCACUUUUUAAAGCAACACAUUGUUUUGGACCUUCAGGCGCAGGACUAUGGAAGACUACAGUUUAUUAUUAGCUCUUCCAUUUUAAAUCAAGGUGAACCAUGAAGGACUGCUGAUGUAUCUUUCUACAUGGAGGACCGAUACCUCUCUCCUUUUUUUUUACAUUCAUACAAUGCUAUGGUGUAAUAUGAAGAGGGGAGAAAGUCACAAACGAUGAUGAAGAUUCAAGCAUGAUGGCAUAAUAAAGGAAAUAUGCCACAUCGUAAAGAAACUUUAUCAGAGCACUUAAAGCCAAACCAUUGAUUAUUGCUCCCCUGGAGUGCCAGCUUAAAGUGAAUACAGUAAAUCUGCUGCACACAUACAGCAUAGUGUGCAGGAAACUGAUAUCUCCAAGGCGUACACGUGUAUCCUGUGUGACUUUUAUCAUCUGACCACACAUGGAAGAAUUAAGUAGCAGAUCUGGAUGCUUCCAAGUCAGUUUUACUCACAAUUCACUGAGCCAGACCAUAUCAUCGAACGCAUUGCAAGACUUGCAUUAUCUGGAUUUGAAUUUGAACGCAUGUAUGAGCAAUGCACAGAGAGCAGAAAGUGUGGACGGACUCCGAAAUCUUAGUGAAAUGACAAGUGUAACCAUAGCCUUACGUUAUAUUUCAUCUUAAAUUGACUUUUAUGUUAAAUUUUCACAUUCAGAAGCAUUACAGUACGUCGAUGCAAAUGCAAGCUCAGGUUCUGCAAAACGGAGCGCAAGUGAUCCUGAAUUCAUGGCUCCUUUGUAAAAAGUCUCUUCAUCUGCAGAACUAUAAACACUUAGCGUCGUGUUUCAAGUGUCCGAGAUUUUCUUUCAGAGAAGCCUUAACGUUCUGUGCAUAAACUUUACUUGAAGCUCAGAGCAAAUCCAAUAUCUGUCAUUAGACCAGAUAUACUUUUUGUUCUUCAACAACCUAAUUUAACAACACGGUCUCACGGGAAGGCGUAUAAAUACCACGACAUUACACGGACACUUCGCGUGUCAUUUGUACGCCAGCAAACGUCCGCAGGCUUAUGCAAGAAGUAAAGUAAAAGUAAGUAAGUAAAAUACGUACGGAAACAACGUAACACAACUACGGAAAACACGCCACUGAAAACAAAGCAAACAUCACUAACGUAACUUGUGGUACAUGUUCACAGCCUCCGUCCUUUCCACGCUUCCCAUUCAUUGUGUAUGUAAGCAGCCGUGCAAUGCGUUCUGGUAGCGUGGCGAUUCAAGAGACGGGGCGUUACGUUGGCCGCUCUUCAUUUGCAUAAAGUUGAGGUCCAGGCUACUUUAUGCUAUUUACGCCGCCUCUGGAAACUUCCUAGAAACUUUUAAACUAACCGUUGUUGAUCUAAAAUAAAGAGAUUCAGCAACUGCAUGGCUCAUUUCUCGCAUAAAAUGUUGUCAGAAACAUAUUUCGGUGAACUGUUUUCGUGAUAUAAGAGAAAUUCCAAAACGAAUGGUGGUUCCGGUUGGAAAGCUGGGAGCAGUGUGUUCGUCCAAUCAGGUGCCUAGUGCUAGUGGCAGCCCAUCAAGCGUCCAAUGCUGGGAAGCGAGGCGAUCGCUCAUGAUUAAAAAAAACAAAACAUGUACCAUUACAAAAAAAAUCACCGGUCAGCAACGGUCUCAAACACCGGUCUCCUGGUUAAAAGUCUGGUGUUUUGUCGGACACAUCCACCUCCACACCCGCCUACCAUAACUGGUCUUUCUCGCUUUACUACAUCACUAAAAAAAAUUUACGCGAGGAAUAAGGUUGAAAAAAAACUCUAAAUCCACAGUGUUAGAUGGGAAAAUGUGCCGACGCUACAUGCCGUUUCUUUCUUUUUCGAAUAGUAUUUUUGCUUGGAGUGCACAUCCCUAAUGAGGAGCGGGCGACGUGAUGGUCUGUCUCUCGAAUUGCGCCGCCACGCUACCAGAAUGCAUUACACAGCUGCUUACAUAGACGAAGCGUGGAAAGAACGGAGGAUGUGGACCUGUACCACUACCGUAGCAUUUAAUGGAUGCGUUUACAUUGCAGUCAGUGGAGGAGACAUGGCGUACGAAUGACACACGGAAAUCAAGAAAGGCGUACUUAUUGCUCGCCAAACGCCUUGCACAUUAUCGUGGCAUUCAUGCGCUUUUUCGUGUGAACGGGCUGAAUUUAAACCAAAGCCAAAUAUUGAGUUUUAGGUACUGCUAUGUUAAAUCCACUGGAAACACUGAAUCCACUUUAACUGUAGCACUUGUAUCUAUAUUUUUUUUCUUCAGGGUAGUGAUCCCAUUAGUUGGCUACAGGCUCUUAAAUUUAUUUAUUUUUUUUGUUAAAAUAUUUUAUUGCAUUUACGUAAUUCUAAAUAUAAACUAUUUAUCUUCCCCACGCUGUUUGCUGUGAACUGAACAACAGAUUUACGGUGAGUUUGCAGUCGGGGAAAAAAAUUAAAUGCACCUGUCAUAGUAAUAAUCUAUUUUUAAGUAUAAUCCAUAGCAUAUUAAAGUCUGUGAUGCAAGAGCCAUAACAAUAAUGAUAUAUGAAAUAUAUAUAUAUAUGAAUUCUAUUGAGAGUGAGAUUAUAACUAUUUUAACCUUGCAAUAGCUAACUUUUUAGCAGGAGAAGCGCAAUAAUAGAACCAAUCUGUGCUGUCUGUGCAGAUGCACAUGCAGGAUCCUGCUGAGGUACAGUAUAUCGUAUGCAUCUUGUGUACAUAAAGAAACAGUAACUUCCUGCCAAAAUCUUUUACCAGGUGCCAUCCACAGUAAACCGAAAUAAAAAAAAAUAAAGACUUGGAUUACUGUAAAGUGCAAAAUACCACAGAGACAACAUGACAACAAUGACGUGACUCUUUGACAACAGUAUGUUCUGCAAAGUGUGUUCUUAAGUUCUCAACUUGUUUUUGGCUUAUCUGUACGGUGUUUGUGAAAUUAUCUGCAUUUAAAAUGAAAGACUGCAAUGGAUAUUAUUUAUUAAUUAAAGCGAUUUGUUUCCUUAUAUCUGUAUGAUUUUGCUGUAUAUGCUUGGUAUGCCUUUUGACCCGCAGUCCGUCAUUGGUGGUGUCCAGUGACAUGGUGAUCAGAAUAGUUGUUUAAGAAAGUUAGACAGUACUUAUGCAGUUACAGUAUGAUUUAAAUAUUAUUAUUAAAAGGGCAACCAUAUUAUUUUUCUUUCUCCCUCUCCAGAGAUAUAUUAGAUAAUAUUCUGGUGUCAGUAUAUCCGCCUCUCUUUUGUAGCAAGAAUAUAUUGAUAGGCUGUAUAGAUUGUACUACGGCAAAAACUUGUGUUUAAAUCUUGCAAAUGAAUUCAUAGUGGUGAUGAGUUUUGGCUUGAUGUGUGUGUGAUCAAUAUCGGUCUGACUGACAUGGCUUGUAGCAACAGCCAAGGGUUUUACACUCACCUUUGUACAGACCUGUGUCAAAUAGUUGCAAGUAAUUCGGGUUGUGGGGGUCUGCUGCAUGAACACCUAUCACAUGCUGAGAGGUAAGUUUUCAGUCAAAGAAAUUGAUGUUGGAAAAGCAAAAGAAAGUAUUUGCAGCUGCUGUUUGAUCCAGGUCUGUUGUUUCUUUCCAUCAACUUUCCAUCCUAUUUGACACCUUUGUCUCUUGCCUUUUUUCUCUGUAGCAAAAUAUUCAGACAUUGUGACCUCAUGUUGGUAGAUUCACACAUUGUUUUGACUUACAUGUACGACUUGACCUCAAAAAGCACACUACUUGAAGUACAACUGGAUAUAAAAAAAGCUUAUUUUCUUUGUAACAUAUCACCCACAUGAAUCAUUGUCUGCCUCUUGAAGUCAUGUCAGAAUCUUAAUGCUGUAUACCCAUGUUACAUUCCAUUGUUUUUUGGGACAGUGCUUAUAUCUCUGUGUGUGCUUACAGUAUGAUUGACUCUUUUUCUUUUCUCUUCUUUUGUAAAAAAAAAAAAAAAAAAAAAAAAAAACUCUCUCAACACUGUACAUUAUUUAUGGAAUAAAACAUCCAAACACUUAUGUUUGAAACUUCA